AUGAAUAUUUCUGAUGUGCUCAAUAUGAAUAAUUCAACAGAAUUUGAAGCAAAUCUUCCUUCAGAAAAAACAUCAAUCAAAAUAUUAAAGCAUUGCAACAACGAUUUUAAAAUAGAUAUAUCUUUUUUUACCAAGUUACAUGACUAUAAAAUAAACGUUUAUAAAUUAAAAAGUGGUUAUGUUAACUUGUGUUCUAAUACUUACGUUAAUAAAAUAAAAAUAGGAUGUAAAUAUAAAAAUGAUACUAAUCGUAAUAUAAUAAAUUUUGAAUAUCCUUAUGUAAAUAUUAGUACUAUUGAAAUCAAUAAAAAAUCAUUCAUUGAAAGUAAAAAGGAUCUAAAAGAGCAACAACUGCAAAAUAAGAAAAAUAAUAAAAUACCAGAUGAAGAAAAUAAUAACGUUAAAUGUUUCUCAAAAAAUAUAAGUUAUAUGAAGGAAUAUAAAAAGAAAAAGAUGAAUAUUAAUAGGUACAGUAAAAAUUACAUGGGAAUUUUAUUAAAUUUCAACACAUUAGAAGAAUUUUUGAAUACUAAAAGAAGUGAUCAUGUUAAUUAUUCAUUGAAUGAUUUAAGGUCAUACUUAAAUGAAUCAACUUGUAGUAAUCUAAGUAAUGAAAAAGAAAAAAAGGAAAAUAUUUAUGAAGAUUCUUUUUGGGAAUAUAAAGAAAAUGAAUUAAAUUUUUUAGAAAAAAUAAAUAAAUAUAUAAUAUUAAGUUAUCUAGACUUAAAAAAGUGUGUAUGUUAUUACAGUUUAGCAAAUCCAAUAAUAAAGCCAAAGACUGAUUAUCACUUAAUAUAUUCUGAAAGAAUAUUUUUUUAUAUGAACUCAAAAGCAGUAUAUUUAAAUAAUGAGAGAAGGAAAAUUAAUGUCAUAGAUUUAUUUUAUUUAUCAUAUAAAAUUGAUAACUAUUUUAAUAAUUAUAAAAUGUUUAUAGAAUCAAGAGCAUUUAUAUUACUGAAGUUUGAUAAUAAACCGUUUAAAAAUUUGAGCAAUAAAGAAUUCAAUGAUAGAUAUUUAAAUAAUAUGCGUAAUCAUUUUCAAACUAUUGGAGAAGAAGAAGAAAAUUUUUAUAAAAUAAAUAGUUUUAAAGAAUUAUUUGAGUAUUUAAAAAGUACAAACUAUUUAAAUAAUGAUAAUGAUAACAACGAUAGUGUUUUACAUAAAAAUUGUGAUAUUUUAGUUUUACCUUUAAAUUGCUUAAAUGAAUUAAAACAAGAUAUAAAAAAUUCAAAAGACAAAAAAUUAAAGAAUAUUAAAAAAAAUAUAUUUGAUUUGUACAUAUGUUUGAUAGAUAUUAAUUAUUUGUUUAAUACACUAGGUUGGGAUUUUAGAAACUUUUUAUAUUGUUUUUGCAUAAAAUAUGAAUUAUACGAUUUUGAAAUUGAUUUACUUGCUUUUAGAGAUAUAUCUUUAUUAGCUGAUGAAUUUGUUUGUAAAAUAAAUAGUAAUAAUAAAUUGGUAUGGAAAUAUCCCAUUUGCAAUACUAAAAAUAAUAUUAUAAAUAAUAGCGAUAUUUCUUUUUAUUAUGUUUCUAACAUUUAUAAAGUAGAUUACGAUGCUAUAAAAGAUAAUAUAAGCAAAAUAAAUGAAUAUAUUAAAAUAGAAAAAAUUGAUAACAUAUCAUAUGAAAAAAGAAAGAAUAAAAAUAAUGAAGUAGUUGAUACUAAUACUAGCAAUUGUACUUACGUUAACGAAGAAGAAAAUGAUAAGUCAUAUACUAACAAUAAUAAAAGUAACACAAAUACGGAAAUACAAAACUCAGACAAUUAUAAUACUAUGAUUAAAUAUAUUUUAAAUUCUUCCAUAUUCAAAGUUAAAGUUUCUGAAGAUUUUCAUUUUAGAAUGGAUACAGGCACAGAAACCGUUUAUGAGCAUGUAAAAAGUUUAAAUAAUGAGAAGAUUGAUAUGUCAAUAAAUAAUUCUAAGGAUGACAAAAAAUUAUUUAUAUAUGAUGAACAGAAAAAAAAUAAAGAAGAAGUGAAUGUAAAUGAAUAUAUUUUAAGUUCUAGUUUUAUUUCACCUUUUUCAAAUAUAAAAUGUAAUAAAAAAAAUAGUUCUGAUGCAGAAAAUACUAAGAAUAAUGUUUUUGAUAACUAUGAAAAAAGAGAUUCUAUAAAAAAUUCAUUUUCUUUUGAUAAUUUAAAUGAAGAACAUAGCAAUCAUUUGGAAGAAAAUUUAAUUAAUAAAAAAGAUUCAUAUCUAAGUAUUAAUAAUGAAAAAAGUACAAACUCUGAAGAUAAUAAAAUUAAAAUAAAAAAAAAUGAGUGUAUUGAUAUUUCUACUCAGAAUAAAUUAAAAUACGAAAUAAUAUCAGGGUGGAAGAAAUAUGAAAAAAAAAAAGAUGGUUUAAGGAAACAAAGUAUUAUAUAUAUGAUAAAUUUGAAUGAUUUUUUAAAUAAAAAUAUAAUUCAAAGAAUUUCUUUAGAAUUAAAUAUAAAAUUAAUUAAAUGGAAACUUUUAAAAGAUUUGGAAUUUGAAAAGAUUAAAAAAUUAAAAGUAUUAAUUAUAGGAUUAGGUACAUUAGGUUGUAUGGUUGCCAGAAAUUGUAUUUCAUGGGGAAUUCAAAAUCUCACAUUCAUCGAUAAUUCUCGUGUUUCUUUUUCUAAUGUUAGUAGACAAUAUUUAUAUACUAUUUCUGACGCAGAAUGUUAUAAUAAUAUUGGUGAGUAUAAAUCUAUUGCAGCUAAAAAUAAUUUAUUAAAAAUUUCUCCUGAUUUAAAUAUUACUGCUAAAGUAAUAGACAUACCUAUGCCUGGUCAUUUAAAUUAUUUAAAAGGAGAUAUCGAAAACACUAUGAAUGAAUUAGAUGAAUUGAUUGAAAAUCAUGAUGUAGUUUUUUUAUUAACAGAUUCAAAAGAAUCAAGAUACUUUCCUUGUUUGAUAAUAGCAGAAAAACAAUAUAAUAGCUUAAAAGAGAUAAAUAAAAUUUUAAGGGAGGAAAAAAAAAAAAAACCAUUAUUUAAAGAUAAUAAUGCUAUGUUAUAUACAGAUGAUUUUACCCAUGAAUAUAUGAAAAUAUGUGGAAAAGAUUUAUUAGAAGAAAAUGACUUUGAUAGGUAUUUAUUUUAUAAUAAUAUUAUUACUAAUGUAGAAAAGUUACCCAAAUUACCACCAUUAGGUAUAACAGUAGCAAUUGGAUUUGAUUCCUUCCUUGUUUUAAGGCAUUCCUAUUUAUAUUUUAAAGCUGCCUGCUACUUUUGCAAUGAUAUGCAUUCCCCCUCAGACUCUUUAUCAAAUAGAACAAUAGAUGAAAAAUGUACAGUUACUAGAAGUGGUAUAAGUAAUAUAAGUAGUAGUAUAGCUGUAGAGUUAUUAGUAUCAUUAACUCAGCAUCCUUUGUAUUUUUUUGCUCCACACAUUGAUAGAGAUCAGUAUAUUUAUAAUAAUCAUCAAAAUAAAAAAGAAACAAAAAAAAAUGAACUUUCAAAUUCAUUAUCUUCUUGCUUAGGAGCUACACCUCAUAUUCUUACAUUUAACUUAUCUAAUUUUUCUAUCAAAAAGUUAUUUAGCGAUGCUUUUGAUAGAUGCUUAUGCUGUUCAGAAAAAGUUAUAAUGAAUUAUCAAGAAGAUAAAAUGACUUUCAUUAGAAACGUUAUUAGUGAUAGUUCAAUAUUGGAAAGAAUUACAAAUAUAAAUAGAUUAAAACUUGAGGAAAAUGAUGUAAUAAUGCUUGAUUGA